AUGGAUACUGAAACAAAUGGAGGUGGCUCUUUGGUUCUGAUAAAGCAAGGAGCAGAAGCUAGAGUCUUUGAGUCAACAUUUGGAGGAAGGAAGUCAAUUGUUAAGGAACGAUUCUCAAAGAAGUACAGACAUCCAACUUUAGAUUCAAAGCUCACACUCAAGCGCUUAAAUGCGGAGGCUAGGUGUAUGACAAAAGCUAGAAGGCUUGGAGUUUCUACUCCUGUGCUUUAUGCAGUAGACCCUGUAUCACAUACCCUAACUUUUGAGUAUGUGGAAGGUCCAUCCAUCAAAGACAUAUUCCUUGAAUUUGGAUUAAAAGGAGUUGUUGAAGAAAAGAUGGAUGACAUUGCCUUACAGAUUGGGGAUACAAUUGGGAAAUUACAUGAUGGUGGAGUCAUUCAUGGGGACUUAACCACAUCCAAUAUGUUAUGGCGUAGUGACACAAACCAGCUGGUAUUAAUCGAUUUUGGUCUGAGCUUUGUGUCCACACUUCCAGAAGACAAAGGUGUUGAUUUAUAUGUUCUGGAACGUGCUUUGCUUUCUAUGCAUUCAUCAUGUGGAAAUGUGAUGGAUAAGAUACUUUCAGCAUAUAGGAAGUCUACAAAGCAAUGGUCAUCCACAUUUAACAAACUUGGUCAAGUGAGGCUAAGAGGCAGAAAGCGAACCAUGGUUGGAUGAAACUAACUCACCAUGGUUUGACAUUGACAUGUCUGUUCACAUAAUAGGUUUCAUUUGGUAUGUGUGUGCUAAUUUUUCUUUGAAGUUGUAUAUUUAGACCUAAUUUGAAAGAUUUGAAAUGAUGUUUUUGUUUUCUUUCAAAAACAUCAUUUUUGGGAAUUUGUGUGUUAGUUACUUGUAAUCAUAUUAUCAGAAUUGUUGAAAAGCUUAAAUAGUUUAUUUAAUUAUUGCAAUUUCAAAACGGUGGAAUUAAAAAAAGCUUUCAUGAAGCUUUAAGGAUAGUUAAGAAAUUGGCUAUUGACCUUGUGUAUUAUCGCUAUAAAUUUUUAAAACACAUAUCCAAAUAUUUUUCAUUUCUGAA